AUGGCAAGCACAAUCCACCAUUCCACCAACGACGACGCGCAUGACGACCCGGUAGUGGAUUGGCCUCUUGGAUCGCAACGGAUCCAGAUAUCACUUGUGGUGUUGCGGCUGUGCACGUAUAUCCUUGACGAGUUGUUGGGUUGCUACUCUGUAUUCCCCUUUGUUUCGCCAGUGCCUGCAGCUGCCGUGCUAUAUCAUGCCAAGAUACAGCAUCCUAUGGACUUUUCAACCCUCGAAUACAACCUCUACAACAACAAGUACAAGACCUUGGAAGAUUUCGAGCAGGAUCUGUCACUCAUUUGGCGCAAUGCCAAAGCAUUCCAUGAACCCGUGGCUUUCAUUUACAAACUUGCUGUACACCUCGAGGAACGCUUUGCAGCCAUUCUUGCAAGUAUCAAAGGUCAAGAAGGAGCGUCGAUGCCAUCACCCGAUCCCACUGUAGUAUCCAUACCCGAAGAAACCGACUUUUCCACACCAUUAUUCAAUGAGGUACAAUAUUCAACAGAAAGUGUGCUUUAUUUCUUGCAAUUGGUGCUGCCUGGUGAAAAGGGGUCCAAAGCGAUUCGUGGAUUUUCCAAAGUACGAGCGCUGUAUGAUGAAUUGAAUGCACCCUUUAUUCGUGUGGUGGAAGGUCUCAAGGCUGCUGGUGGAGGCGAUGGUACUACGAUGGGACGCCCUUUACCACGUUUAUACAUUGGCAAGAAUCGUACGCUUUUGACAGAAGCACGGCGUACCCCUCAUGCGACCGUAGCCGUAUUGAUGAAUGUACGAGUGACACCUUAUCGACAUAGCAAACGGAGCGAUUUAUUCCAUAUGACAGCCGAUGUUGCCAUUGUACGUCCUUUGGGCGAGUGUCGUGAAUUUGAUGCUGCUGGUGUGGAUCCAUCUCUUACAGCUGAUUAUCUUCCCAAAGCAUGUAUCAAGGUUUGCGUCGUCAAGGUGGUUUCUGGUAUCCAAGCUGUCAUUACGGAUGCUAUGGAGAAGCUCUUUUUCCGCCGUGCCUACACAACACAUCGAUUAUCACGCUAUCAUUUGCCAGACUUGAAAAAAGUGCGUGAUACUGAAAUAGCAAAGAUGUUCACCCAAGCGAUUAUUGAUGGACACACUUCGCUUUUGCCUGAAGACGCCUACUAUACAUCCUCAGCCGCUGGAGUCUCAUUAGCCAAUUCCAAUGCUAGCAGUCCAAGUGCCAAACGACCCACAUCUCCCGCCAAUAGCAGUUCACCUGGAAGCAUUCACACACCUAGCAGCAGCAACAAACCCAGCAAAGAGACCCAUUCACCAAGUCCAGACACUGAACAACUUGUACCAUCUUCCUCCUCCACUAUCCACGCUACUACUGCCAUCGACCAGAUACCCGAUAAACAAAAAGAUGGCAUCGCAUACACAAAGUAUCUGGCACCUGAUGAUGAGGCUACCAACCAAUCUCAAGUGGGCAGUGACGCUCGACGACAUUAUUAUUUGGAACAAGCAAAGAAGCUUUGGUCAAAGGUGUUUGAAUUUUGCAGCCAAAAGAACGUCCCCGUAGUCCAUGUGAACAAGUACUUGAGCAACACAUCGACGUUUCCCAAUGCCGAAGGAUUCUUCAAGCAUGUAUAUCACGUGCACAACGACAGCAAUGUGGUGGUGCAAACAUUUCGACGCAUGACCAUUACACAACGUGCAACAGAAUUGGUGAGCUUGUUGAUGGUGCAUGGCCAUGACAAUAUGGGGCAGAUCGUGGAAGUGCUUCAAGAGGAUGGCGGUGAGAUUAUUGGAUUGGCGAUGCGACGCUAUCAAAAGACACUCAAGCAAUACGCCCACAAGCAUUCGCAUCAUCGCUUAACAGCACACCAAAAGAUGGAUGUGAUCCGCCAAAUGUUGAGAUGCAUUGCUACCAUUCACAGCCUUGGGAUUGCUCACCGUGAUUUGGCCGAGGUUAACUUUAUGGUGGAUGAGACAGCUGAGAAGCUUCCAGAUGAUAGCCCACGUUCGCAUGUGUACCUGAUUGAUUUCGGCAAGGCUAUCUUUGUACGACCUGAAGAUUUGUCAAGGUGGUGGGUGGAUCGACCUCGGGUGCAAGGAGAGUAUGAAGGGGAAGUGUUACCUGAAAGCCGUCAAGAGCUGGAGGAAUGGUGCAAGGAGUUGCCAUGGGUACGAUCCAAGCCUGAUCAUGGAUAUCGCCAUUAUCGCUCUAUUCAAACUUUACCACGUGCGCGUACGGACAAUGAUACCUUGCCUUACUUGGUGAAUCCAUUGGCAGAAGAUGUCUAUUCACUGGGGACGCUUGUAUGGAAGACAUUGGGUGAUACGGAACCUUGGUGCGGUAUCCUGGAUACGGAUCUACGUGGAUUGCGUGAAGCUGUCAUGACCGAUCAUGCCAUUGACAACAUUCUUGCUCGUGAAGUGCCUGGUCCUUUGAGUCGACAAUUGCUACGCUUCUUUUUGAGGACACAGCCUCAAGAGCGGAAAUCGGCAGCAGCCAUUCUGGAAUGGCUUGAACAACCUGGUAUCCAAGAACGUCUCAUUUCUGAAUGGACCGAGUUUGCAUCCCUCUCACGUACAAAGCGACACAGACCUAAAUUACUAGAAGACGUUGACUCGACCUCACAACAACAUCGUCCUAAUCGCAAAAAGCAACGCACCACCACCACCACGUCUCCAUCCAAAACAACACCCGAUAGCAGCAGCAGUGCCAACAACACCAACCAUGUCGAGACAACAACAACAACAACAACGCCCACCGCUGAUGGUAGUAGUAGUACCAAUAGUAGCAGUGCUGCUAAUACCUUUAUAUUUCCUGGAAACUUGGUAUUCCCUAGCGAAUAA